AUGUCUAAAAACUACGCAGCCGUGGUGAUCGGGUCGGGCCAGGGCGGCACGCCGCUCAGCAUGGCCUUUGCGCAGGCCGGCCACAAGACGGCCUUGAUCGAGAGCACCCACGUCGGCGGCUGCUGCGUCAACGAGGGCUGCACCCCGACCAAGACCAUGAUCGCCUCCGGGCGGGUCGCCUACCUCGCCCGACGCGGCAAGGACUACGGCGUGACCGUGGGCGGCGGCAACGAGGUGCAGGUGGCCAUGGAAAAAGUGAGGCAGCGCAAGCGCGACAUUGUCGACAGCUUCCGCUCCGGCAGCGAGCGCAGGGUCCGCGACGCCGGCGUCGAGCUCAUCAGGGGCGAGGCGAGCUUUGAGGAUGACCAUACGCUCCGCGUGCGCACCCACGACGGCGCGGGGGCAACGCUGACGGCGGACCGCAUCUUCAUUUGUGCCGGGGAGCGACCCGCUACUCCCAAGAUUGACGGCUUCGACGCAUCGUCGUUCCCCCCCGGUGUCGUCCUCAACUCGACGUCCAUCCAGGAGCUGGGCGAGGUGCCGUCGCAUCUCGUCGUCAUCGGCGGCGGCUACAUCGGCCUCGAGUUUGGUCAGCUGUUCCGUCGUCUGGGCGCCGAGGUGACCAUCCUGCAGCGCGGGAAGCAGCUGCUGCCACGCGAGGACCCUGAGGUGGCCGAGGCAAUGCUCAAGAUUGUGCAGGAGGACGGCAUCAAGGUCCUGCUCAACACGUCGCCGACGGCCGUCCGUGCCGGUGCCGGUGACCGCACGGCAGCCGUGUCCGUCUCCACCACUGGUUCCGGACCGGACGCCGAGCUGCGCGGAUCGCACGUCCUCUUCGCCGCUGGCCGCGUCCCCAACACCGACCGGCUCAACCUCCCAGCCGCAGGCAUCGAGACGACGGCGCGCGGCCACGUCACGGUCGACGCGCAGCUGCGCACCACCAACGCGCGUGUGUGGGCGCUCGGCGAUGUCAAGGGCCCGCCUGCCUUCACGCACGUCUCGUACGACGACUUCCGGCUGCUGCGCGCCAACCUUCUCGAGAAAGCCGCGACGCCGCUGACGGCCGCGGGCCGGAUCCUGCCCUACGUCGUCUACACGGACCCGCAGCUGGGCCACGUUGGCUUGCACGAGCACGAGGCGCGGCGCGACCUGGCGCCGGGCCGCACCAUCCAGGUCGCCAGCAUGCCCAUGUCGUACGUGGCGCGCGCGCUCGAGACGGACGAGACGCGCGGCCUGAUGCGCGCCGUCGUCGACGCCGACUCGCAACAGAUCCUCGGCUUCACCUGCCUGGGCCUCGAGGGCGGCGAGAUCAUGAGCGUUGUGCAGAUGGCCAUGGUUGGGCGCGUCAAGUGGACGGCCCUGCGCGAUGCCGUCUGGGCGCACCCGUCGCUGGCCGAGAGCCUGAAUAACCUCUGGGGCUUCUUGAAGUGA